AUGCUCCUAUUCGCCAUCUUUGCCGGGUCGGCAUUGUUUUGGACUUUGCCACUCUUGGAUCUAUUGAAGGCCACGCGAGAAGAAGCAAAGGCGGCCUUUUUGGCGUAUAGCCGGAUAUCAGAAACGAUCCUGGACCACCCUGCUCGUUUGAUAACCCCAUCUACCACAGCAAUUGUUGCUGCUGGUACAUUGGCUCAUCUAUACAUGAAUACCGAUGGCUUUCCUGUCAAGGUUCAUCUGCUACGCCACCGGUGUCUCAUUAUGGCCAGAGAGUUACAGAUUCAUCGGCUAGACACCUUCAAGGCUCGGGAAGAACGACGAAUCAAGGGUUGUGACAUGAUUGACGUCGAAGUUUGUCGACGCGCAUGGUGGAGUAUGGUAGCAUCCGACUGGCUUCUUUCAUUCUCCGGUGGCAGUCAAGAAGGAGCAUACACGUUCCAACCAAGACAGAUGAAUGUCAAUUUGCCCAGCAAUACAGACGAUGAGUAUAUUACGACGGAAGGGGUGCAAAAAGAGUUCCCACUCACGGUACCCACAUCCAUGAGUGGCUUUAUCUUCCGUGUGAAGGGGGCAGACCUCUGCCGCGAGGUCAUCGAUGCUCUCCCUUCGGUUCCGCUAGAUGUCCAGGAAUCAAGCUACGAUACCGUUUUGAAGCUGGAUUCGCUCUUCCAAGCGGCCUUUGACAACCUUCCACCCUAUUUCAAGCUUGAUCCUGAGAGCAUCGAGCAGAGUAAACAAAUAUGCAAAGAAAAGCCCUUCAUCUCUUACCAGAGGCUACAGAUACAUUUUAGCCUCCAUAGCAGACUUUGCCGUCUGCAUAGGCCUUUCCACAUCGAGAGCAUUACGAAUCCGAAGUACGCCAUUUCCCACAUGGUGAUCAUCCGUUCGGCACACAAAGUUCUGGAGCUUCGGCGAGCGAUGGAUGAUGUGAAUAUCGACUUCAAAGCGGCCCGAUUCGGUGUCGUGAUGAACCAUGUUUUCUCCGCAGCUUUGAUCCUAGCGUUAGAUGUAUCUUUCAAUCCCCACGCGUCGGACGCACAGGCCCAAAAAGAAAAGGUCUACGCCGCUUACAGGACCCUCGAACGAUCCAAGGAGGAGUCCAGCUAUCUGAUGGCUGGGGUUCAGAAGAACCUGCAAACACUGAUGUCAACAUUCCAGCCGGUUUCUAGCACAUCUCUUGAAGCGGGCAGGCCAGUCAGCGAGAUUGCCCAGUCUCUAUCUGGUGCUUUGGACGAGGGACUCGCCACUGCACCGCCAUCUUCGCUUGUCACCGAAGGGGGCUAUCUCGUCAACGAUCUCGGACAGGAGGGGUGGGAGAAACUAUGGAGUGAGUUUGUGGCUGUGGCACCCGAUCUUGACGCUCCACAAUGGAACUCCCUAUUGGAUGAUGUCGAGUUCAUCCUAUGA